AUGGAGUCAACAAUAAUCUCUACCUCCGAGGCUACGGUACAUUGUGCAGCAAAUCACAGAAGGCAACAAUUCGCCAAACUGUCUGCGAUCUUCAAUUUCCAAAGUCUUAUUUGUGUUAUUCUACUGCUGAUUUGCACCUGUACGUAUAUUCGAGCUUUUGCGCCUAGAUUGCUUGAUCGAAAUAAGGAGGGACUUCUCGGUAUCUUCUGGAAGUUAGCGCGAAUCGGUGAACGAUUGAGUCCUUGGGUUGCAGCUAGUUGCUUUUGUAUGGCUGUUAUUGUCCUCUUCUUC